AUGGCAUCUCACAUGACUUACCACCUUUAUGAAAUUAAAUUUAGUGAAAACCCUUCUAUAAAAUCUUAUGAAAUACCAACCAUAAUCACCAAAUUUCAUCAACACGUCCUUGCCUUGGCCUUUGCUGUGAAGGAGAUCAAUGAAGACUCCCAGAUGUUACCUAACAUCACUCUCGGGUUCCACAUCUAUGACAGUUACCUCAAUGCAAAGAUGACCUAUCGCACCACUCUGGACCUCCUUUUCAAAUCCCAGGAAUUUGUUCCUAACUACAGGUGUGAUAGCCAGAAGAAUCUCAUGGCUAUUAUUGGGGGAUUGGAUUUUGUCACAUCAUCUCAUAUUGCUGAAAUUACAAGAUUCUUCAAGAUUCCACAAUUGGAAUCAAUGUUGAGAAAACAACUUAGAAAUAAGUUGGAAUUUCCUGAUGCUGGGGAAGAAGUGUUCCUGAAUGAGAAAGGGGAAGCAACAGGUGGAUUUGACAUCACCAAUUUGAUCACUUUUCCAAACAGAUCCUUUCAGAGAGUUAGAAUUGGAAAGAUGGAUCUGCAAGCUCCAAAAGGGAAGGAAUUAUCCAUGGAUGAAGAUUUGAUUGUCUGGAGUCCAGCUUUUAACCAGGUUCUUCCAUUUUCUCGAUGCAAUGACCCUUGUUUUCCUGGGGACUGGAAGAAAGGGAUUGAAGGGGAUCAGUUCUGCUGCUAUGACUGUGUUCCAUGCCCAGAAGGGAAGAUUUCAAAUCAAAAUGAUAUGGAUGACUGUUUUGAAUGUCCAGAAGAUCAUUAUCCAAAUAAAGAAAAGAAUGGAUGUACCCUGAAACGGGUGGUAUUUCUAACUAUUGAAGAACCCUUAGGAAUUGGUUUAGCCUCAUCAGCUCUUGGUUUCUUUUUCUUGACAUCUUGGGUACUUGGAACUUUUAUUAAGCACAGCGACACUCCCAUUGUCAAAGCCAACAACCAGUCCCUUACCUACACCCUGCUUGUUUCUCUUCUGCUCUGUUUUCUCUCUUCUUUGUUUUUCCUCAGCCAACCUGGUAAAGUGACCUGCCUUCUCCGACAAUCAACUUUUGGAACCACAUUCUCAGUGGCUAUUUCUAGUGUGCUGUCCAAAACCAUCAUUGUGCUGGUUGCUUUCAUGGCCACUAAACCAGGAUCUCACAUGAGAAGAUGGUUAGGGAAAAGAUUGGCUUUUUCUACUGUCCUUUUCUGCUCCUUUUUCCAAGUAUGUAUUUGUAUUCUUUGGUUGUCAACAUCUCCACCAUUCCCUGAGUUGGACAUGCAUUUACAGCUCCAAGAAAUUAUUUUACAAUGCAAUGAGGGGUCAGCUUUCUUCUUUUAUUGUGUAUUGGGCUAUAUGGGUGUCUUGGCCAUUGCCAGCUUUAUUGUAGCUUUUCUUGCCCGUAAAUUACCUGACAGCUUUAAUGAAGCCAAGUUCAUCACCUUCAGCAUGUUGGCCUUUUGCAGUGUGUGGAUUUCCUUCUUUCCAGCCUAUCUGAGUACAAAGGGAAAAGCCAUGGUAGCUGUGGAGAUCUUCUCCAUCUUGUCCUCCAGUGCUGCAUUACUGGGAUGCAUAUUCUUGCCAAAAUUCUAUAUCAUUGUUUUCAGGCCUGAACUGAACCAAAGGGAGUAUCUCACAAAGAAAAAUUAG